CCUGCUGGCAGUUGACUUUUCUACUACCCAAAGGCAAAGAGGCAAAGGCUCGCCUCCCCAGAUGCCCGCCGGCUCCCGACGGAGGCCCCCGCCGCCGCACCUCCGCCGCGCCAUGCCCCCCGCCUCCUUCUCCGUCUCCGCCCCCACCGCCACCCCACCUCCACCCCUGCCCCCGCCGCUCUACCUCCGCCGCCCGGUCAUCGCCGCCGCGGCCGCGCUUGCCGCGCUCCUCCUCUUCGCCACCACCUACGCCCCCUGGCGCGCCGGCUACCCACCGCCCGCCCUCCUAAGCCGCGCAGCGGUCGCCACCAGGUUCUACUCCUUCGACCUGGUCCGCGAGUACCCGCACGAUCCGGAUGCCUUCACCCAGGGUCUCUUGUACGGAGGAAAUGGCAUUCUUUUCGAGUCGACUGGCCUUCACCACAGGUCUUCUGUCCGCAAGGUUGAGCUUCGAACCGGAAAAGUUUUGGAUCACCACCAAAUGGAUGGGAAUAUGUUUGGAGAAGGUCUAACUCUUGUCGGCAACAGAUUGUUUCAAGUUACCUGGUUGAAGAAUGACGGAUUUAUAUACGAUCGACAUAACUUCAGCAAACGCGAGAGUUUUACCCAUAAAAUGAGUGAUGGUUGGGGUCUGGCGACUGAUGGAAAAGUUCUUUUUGGCAGUGAUGGUACUUCAAAGUUGUAUCAGCUGGAUCCAAAGUCAUUUGAAGUCAUGAAAAUGGCGACUGUCAAAUAUCAAGGUAAUGAAGUCCCAUAUCUUAAUGAGCUGGAGUAUAUUGAUGGUGAAGUGUGGGCAAAUGUCUGGCAGACAGAUUGCAUAGCCAGAAUCUCCCCUGAAGAUGGCCUAGUGGUGGGCUGGAUCUUUCUUCACGAGCUGAGGCGGCACUUGUGGAAUUCUGGCAAUACGAAUAUUGAUGUCCUAAAUGGAAUAGCUUGGGAUGAAGAAAAUCACAGAUUAUUUGUGACAGGAAAAUGGUGGCCAAAGCUUUAUGAGAUCAAGCUACGGCCAGUAGAUGGUCCAGCAGAUGGAUCUGUAGAAAAAUUGUGCCCAAAAGCAAGCCUUUAUGGCUGAAAAGUGACCAGUAUGGCACCGUCUUGUGCUAGCAUCGACCUUUGACCGCAAGAUGUCAAGAAUGUGGAAUAGAAGAGAUGAUAUCUUGUGUUGGUACCAGUCUGUCACGUAUGCAUUACAUAUCUUGUGAUUCAAGGUGAUUUGCAACUUCCCAUGGAAAUAUUUAGUUGUCUUAGUCUUCACAAAAUUGUCUGUACCCAGAGGAUGGUAUAGUUGUAAAAUUCUUUUUUUUAUUUUUUUUUUUUGCUAGAGGCUGAUGUAAAAUGUUGUAACUUGUCUGCAUGAUUCUGUUGCCAACAGAGAUACGUACUAGUUGCCAAAAGAAGAGUGUACCACAGCCCAAACAUUUUUUGCUCUGUACUUAGUUGUUCCUCCGGAGACUUGUUAAGACAUUGAAGGCAGUUGUUCUGUAA